AUCAUCAAUGGCAGCCAACAUCUCCAUUUUCAGAAGUGAAAAAUUAUGGCUGCAUUUGCAAAACCAGGCACACUUACUUGUCUGUAUUUUCAGUCUCAUCUCAAAGAAUUUCCUCUCUUAGAUUGCACUUCCAUCCGACCACGGAUCAGGGAUCCUCGAUUUUCCCAGCUAAAGCUCACAAGAAAUGCGUCAAAUCUUCUUGUUAUUAGAGCCCAGAACUCCCCUGUCCCUGUAGACUAUAUCCCGGAAUCCAAAUUCUACAAAGUGGAAGCGGUGCUCAGGCUUUGCUGGAAAUGGGUAUCCGUGGUGUCACGGUUUCUGAUGUUCGAGGCUUUGGUGCUUAAGGGGGAUCAACAGAGCGACAUGGUGGUUGAAGCAGUAAUAGAGAAGAUAUUAGAGGAGGCAAGAACCGGAGAGAUUGGUGAUGGCAAAAUUUUCUUGAUACCCGUCUCAGAUGUCAUAAGAGUUCACACUGGUGAGCGUGGAGAAAAGGCUGAGAAGAUGACUGGGGUACAAUCUGAAAUGCGUUAUGCUGCAUGACCAUGUUCAAGUUGCAAUAUGAACAAAUAGCAAGAUUAGCAUAUAACCUUAUUACUGUAUCGCACUUGCUAUUCUUAUGCCCAAUAACAAUAAGAAGAAAGACUUGUGAUGA